UUGGAGAAAUGGAAAGAAAAAGGAAAUAAAUGUCCCUAAAUAUUUGCCAGGCGGUCAAAUCAUGUGUGAUACUGAUAUCUCGUGCUCUCGCCGGCCUUCUGCCCAUUUUUACUCUCGAGUCUCGCCAACUCUCUUUCUUCCCACCGCUCUUUCUCUCUCCCUUGACGACGUCGUCGUCUCCUCUGACCCCGUACUGAACUCCCCUCCGCCACCGUUUCCCGUUACUCCGUCCACCGCUACAACUCCCUCUCUCCGCUCUCGUAAAACUCAUCCCUCCCGAGUUACUCCACCAGUUCGCCGGAGAGACUGACGGAGUCGACUCAGUUGUGCCGAAGCCAUUUUGCUGCUCCGCCUUUGACCGAUCACUAACGCUGUUCUGUCGCUCUUCCGGAUUGUUUGGUCUCCAUCUAAAGGAAAAUGUCAGAGGUUGGCUGCAUGGAUAUUAAGACCUUGCCUGAAACCGGUAGUAACGGAAGCUCCACUAUAGGGGGAUUUGACAAGCCUUGCAAUGGGAAUGGAGUUGCUAAUGUUGAGGAACAUCCAGUUACAACCACUUCCUCAAUGGUUUCAGCUGGUAAUGGAGUUGUGAGUGUCGAGUCUGGAUUAGAAAACGGAAAUGUGGAGGUUGCAGAGGUGGAAUAUGUUGAAUCUGAAAAUCUGUCCGACGUGGAAGAUGUUGACACUUGCAUAAAGGAGCUUGUAGCUGGUCUUGACUCAAAAGAUUGGGUCCUGCUUUGUGAAUCACUGAACAAUGCACGCCGGUUGUCAAAAUUUCAUGAGGAGAAAGUGCUAGAUAUGUUGGACGAUGUGAUACCUCUCAUUGUGAAGUCAUUAAAGAAUCCAAGGAGUGCUGUUUGCAAAACUGCGAUCAUGGCUUCUGGAGACGUAUUCAUCACAUAUAAGGAUCACAUCAUUGAUUCUGUGGAUCCACUGCUUGUGUGGAUGCAGCUGGUGCAGCUUCUCCUUAAAUCUUCACAAGACAAAAGAUUUUUGUGCGAGGCAGCUGAAAAGGCACUUGUUGCAUUGACCACUUCAGUCUCUCCAACACUGCUACUGCCAAAGUUGCAGCCUCAUCUUCUGGGCAAGAAUCCUCGAAUUCGUGCCAAGGCAUCCAUGUGCUUCUGCCGUAGUGUUCCUAGAUUGGGUGCUGAAGGUAUCAAAGCAUAUGGAAUCGACAAACUGAUUCUUGUUGCUGUACGCCAACUCAGUGACAAACUUCCAGAAUCAAGGGAAGCUGCUCGAACCCUACUCUCGCAGCUUCAAACUGCGUACGAAGAGUCAGCAGUUCCUAAUGAAUCCGAGCCCUGUUCCUGGGAGCAGUUUUGUUCUUCGAAAUUCCCUCCCUCGACUGCACAAGCGGUACUCCGUGUCACAGGUGUUGGCCGAGAAGGUCCCAUUCUGGGUUCUUAGCAGUGAGCCUAUAUCCACUGCAAAAAGAGGCGUAUUUCGUAUAUGAGUUCUUAGCAAAAACUCCUCACAUAUAUGAUGAUCAUUUGUUGAGCAGAGUAUAUUUUUGCUUCUUCUACCUAUUUUCUGACCUUGUAAAUAUCACGGGCGCUUUCUAGAUCUCUCGCACUGUGUUUUCUGCAUGUACGUAGAAGUAGAGUUGGAAUAUUCUUUCGCGGAUAUGUUUUGCUGUUGCUGCAACUCAUUUGGUAACUGGUUUCUUGUAUUCCCCUGGUUUGCUUGGGGGAUUUAGAUCGAGAAUUGGUAUUGUCUUCUCCAUUUGCAGAAGCCUGAUUCGCCAUGUUAAGUGUUCUCGUCAAACUAGCUAGAGGUGACAUUACGGCGCCGAAUGACUGCUGAACCAGCAGAAUCGCAUUUGUGCGAGCGCGAUUUUGUACUAUGAUUGUGCUAUAAGUUUAAGCAAACAUGUUACGAAGAG